AGGCAAAUGUAACCACAACGAUUUGGCCAAGGAAGUGCAGCAAAAUUUGAUUUUGGUUUAGACAAAAGAGUACGAAAUUAUCUGUGAAAAUGAUGCGACUACCGGGAAUGCCCAUGCUGCCAGGUGCGCAGUUCUACGAUCGUGGAAAGCGUCGCCAUCCGCGACAGCAAACGCUGAUGCACUACCAGGGCAUUCAGAUGCUUUCGGACCGCCGGGAGCCGGAACUGGUGGAGCCCAAUGGCAUUGUGGCCGAUCCCAAGUGUCCGCCCGUGCCUGCCCAGCUCAACAGCCUGUGGGCUCCGAAGGCCACCACCAAGUUGCCACCCUGGUUGGCCUACGACAAGCAGGUGCUGUGCUUCAACGCCUACUUCAAGGAGAACCUGACGGAGAUCUACCACGCUCCCUACCAGGUGCGCAAGGUGAAGAUCUUCUUCUAUCUGGAGGAUGGCACCAUGCAGGUCACCGAGCCUAAGGUGGAGAACUCAGGCAUACCGCAGGGCUGUCUAGUUCAUCGCCAGCGCAUCCCAAAAGCUCCACCCACCGACCGCGAGUUCAUCUCCAUCUUCGACCUGAACGUGGACACGGAUGUGCAGAUCUUCGAUCGGGUGUAUCACAUCAGCGGAUGUGACAUCUUCACGCGGCAGUUCCUCAAUCGAGCUGGCAUCUUCGUGCCUGAGGCCAAGCAGGAGCCAUGUGAUCCCACAACAGAAAUUCGAAAGCGUUCAGGCUUGAAGCAAACGGCUAAUACCUGCACUUCGGCUGUGCCAAAAAAACAUGCGUUUGCCCAGUUCCUGGAGUUCGACAGGCGAGUCCUUAAGUUUCAGGGAUAUUGGAACGAUCGUAGUGAGUUUGGUGAUGUGCGAAAGCUGGAAGUCUGCUACUAUCUGGCCGAUGACACCAUUGACAUCAAGGAGAAAUUUCCACGAAAUUCUGGGCGCGAAGGACCCACAACAUUUCUAAAACGAGGCAAGUUGCCAAAGGAGUUCUCUGGUCUUCCUUUGCCUGGGCAACAAACGGCCAUGACGUUGCUCAAUGUGCUGGGAAACAGUAUGCGCGAUGUGCGUUACGUAGCCGACCCGUUGAACACUGGUCAAAAAGAGGUGCAACAUUACACCGAUCAGGAUCUGCAGAUUGGCGCAGUGCUAAAUGUUUUUGGGAGAACUGUCGUACUUACAGGCUGCGAUCAGUUUACACAGAGCUACUACAGAGAAAAAUACGGCAUCCAGGAGUUUUGCCCUCAGCCGAUUCCGGAACGGAGUGAUAUUCGACCGUACACUCAAGGUGGCAUGUCAUCCCGUCGAUUGCCACCCUACAAUGGCUGGGGUAGCCACGAGGAUUCCGAAGGCAACUGCAUCACCGUGGAACCCAAACCGCCACAGGCCGACUUCAAGAAGCUCUUCAAGUACGACGGAUGCAUUCUGCGCUUCGGAGCCAAGCUGAUCUCGGCCAUACGGGACAAUGGAGAGCGUGACUUCGUCAUCAGCUAUUUCCUGGCCGAUGAUACGUUGCAAAUCUAUGAGACGUCACGCCGAAACUCGGGCUUCCUGGGCGGCGAGUUCCUUAAAAGGGCACGUGUACCACUGCCUGGCCAGGAUAUGUUCAGCUCCUCAAGACCUGAAUACUACAGGGCCAAUGACUUCUAUAUAGGACGCACAAUGACUCUUAAGGAUCACAUUUUCCAUAUCGUUUCCGCUGAUGAGUUUACGCUGAUGUACAUGGAGCAACAUCCCAGCGAGUUCCCCGUGGCGGACAUAAGACAAAUCAUGCAGAAGAUACGCGAGGCAGUGCGUCCGGAUUACAAGCAGUUCGUGCUGCGCUGCAAACCGGAUGGCGACCUCGGGGACUACACCACCGUUAGCUUCGAAACGCUGCGCUCGACUCUCCUGUCCUAUCUGUCCAAGGAUUGCCUGCUCAACCAUGAGAUCGUGACCGUGUGUCGCUUCUUCUCGGCUGAGCAGGCAAUGCCUCCCAGCUGCGACAGGAAUCGAGUGCGCGCUGCCGCCCAACUGGAGCUGAAGCGAGCUUUGUGGAACGGCGUGGAUCAGCUAAACGAUCAUCUGAGCCACAUCAAUCCGGCGUGCAAGCCGUACAUCAGCGAGGGUCAGGUGAGGUCCACUUUACGAGGUUGCCGGCUGCCCUUCAGCUUGGAGCUGGUGGAGGACAUACUGAUGGUGCUGCAGCGCAACGGACAAAACGAAAUCGAGGUGCGCGACUUUCUCGCCUUCUUCAACAUGCGCAACGACCAAGUGCCCGACAUUGCUCCUCUCAACAUUGCCUUUGAGCUCUGCCCCAAGUUGCCCUUCCUGCACAAAGGGCGCCUGGUAGACUUCACCUGGUUCCUAGACUACCUUGGAAUAGAGGAAGAACUAAAGCGAGCCAACAAUUAAUGAGUAGCGAGGGCGUAUCAAAAAUUGCAUGUAUAUACAGAAAAAUUCGUGGCAAUAUAACUUUCGGAAUGGUGAA